AUGAAUUCUACUACACUAAGAACAGCUGUAUCAAUGAGUUUUAUGAAUGAUCAUUUGAAAAAAAUUGCAUCAUCAUCAUCAAAUUCUGCUAAUACAACAAGUUCAUCAAUUCAUUCUACUACUUCAUCCCUUAGAAAGAAAAAAUCUACUUCAUCAUUAACUCCACCAAACUCUUCAAGUAAUCAUAAUAUACUAAAAAAUAAGUCUUCAAUUGCUGAUCUUUUACAAGGUAAUGCAAAUCAUAAAACAACUCCAGAAUCACCUUCAUAUUAUCAAGAAACAAUUUUUAAAUUAUUUACAUAUAUUGUUAUAUUAUUACCAACUUUAACUUCAAUUUUAUUCCCUAUAAAUUCAAAUACAAUCCCUAAAAAUGAACAAAUUGGUAAUUUUAUUAUAGAUUUAUUAACAGUUAUACUAAUUAGUUGGGUUGUUAGAUUUACAAUGGAAUGGCCCUAUAAUUGGAUGAAAAAAUUACAACAAACAAAAGCAAGAUUAUUUAAAGAACUUAAUUCAAAUAAUAAUUUAAAUAAUGAAAAUACUGAUAAAAUUAUUAUGCUUAUUAGGAAAAUUUAUACAUUUGAAAUUAUAGCAUUAAUUUGUUGUUUAAUAUCAUCAAUUUUAAGUUCUACUUUAUUAAUUUGGACAAGGAAAUAUACAAUAAUUGAUCAAAAACGGAAAAAAAUGGUUUUUAAUAAUGUUAAUAUUGCAUUAUUACAAUUUUGGUCAAUUUUUAGAAUAAUGAUUACUUUUAUUGAAUCAUUACAAAAUUCUUCAUUAAAUAAUAAUAAUAUUUAUGUACAAAAUUCAAAUUUUCAAAAUUGGCUUCAAGAUUUAAAGCAUUAUUUUUUACCAAAUUUAACUAAUCAAAUUUUAUUGGAUCAUUUACAAAUAAAUAAUAAACAAUUGGAUAAAUUAAAAUUAGAUUUAUUGAAAGUUAAAAAGGAAUUGAAAUCAAGAGAAGAAUAUGAUGAAGUACAACAACGUCAAUUGAUACAACUGCAUCAACAACAAAUACAAGAAAAUAUACAAUUACAACAAUUACUUCAACAACAACAACAACAACUGCAGCUGCAACAACAUCUAAAAAGUGGGUUACCUCAACAUCAAAUUCAUUAUGAAACUAUAGAUUCAAAUCAAUCAAUAUCACCAUUUCCUUUAAGUUUAUCACCAAAAGAAGGAUCACCUCCAAAUUCACCAACUCUUGAGUAUCCUAAUCAACAACCGUUGCAAUUACAACAACCUUUAUUACCAAGACGAAAAUCAUUUCAUGGUAAAACUCCCUUAAAAACUAUAGUUGAACAAGAAGAAGAUUUGGUGUUUGAAUCAUUAGAAACCCCAUCAUUUACAAAAUUUGAUAAUACUUCAAAUUCAAUAUUAACUGAUCCAACAACUACCACCACAACAGUUUUCAAUAAAAAUUAUCACAACAAUAAUUCAAGUCCAAUUCAUAGUUUAUCAAAUAUUGAAUUUUUACAAAUCGUCAAGAAAACAAUUCGAAAUUUACAAAAUGAAUUAUCAAUAUUUGAUUUUGUAACUCAUCCAAAUUUUGUAAGAAAAGUAUUAUUUAACGAAUUUAAUUCUAUCUUUGUUCAAGUCCAAUUUCAUGAUUAUGAAAUUUUAAGAUUUUUCAUUUUGGAAAUUUAUGAAAUUUAUAUCUUGGGUGUUUAUGUUAGUGUCAUGGAUAAUCUUUUAGAUAUCUUUCAAAAUCCUUUUCAGUUCAUUUUUAAAAUUAUUUGGUGGGGUUGUUUUAAAAUUCCAAUUUAUGCUAUUACUUUUUAUUUCAAAAUUUUAUUUCAUAUUCCAAUUUUAAUUAUGAGAUUAAUUUUAAUUAAACCUUUAGGUAUUAUUUACUUUAUUGCACAAACUGUUUUAAGUGUAAUUUUAAGAUCAACUACUUCAUUAAUGAUUACAGAUAAAUUUAAAUCAUCAUCUACAAAAUUCAAUAGCUACAAUAAUUAUUUACAACAACAUCAACAACAUCAACAACAUCAACAACAGCAACAACAAGAUCAAAAGAAGAGUCAAAAAAUACAUCCAUUAGUAACAGAUCAUUUCACAAUGAAACAAUUCCAUUUAUCCCCCACUUUAAAAGAUGAAGAAGAUUAUUUUGUCAACAAUAAUCACAAUAAUACAACUUUUAAUGUUGCAAAUUUGAAUAAUUCCACAGAUAAGAAAUUGAAAUUUAAAAAUAAUCCUUUAAUUUCAGUCACUCCUCAUUCAAUUAAUAAUGUAAGUGGUGGUGGUAAUGGUGGGUAUAAAUUUGAUACUCAUCAUGUUAUAUAUGAGGAUUAA